UAUGCGCACGACCAGUAGACCGGUGAACGCGCACGACAACACACAGUGUAAAAUGAUGGAUGCGGGGAUUUUUGUGUGCGUGUGAUAUAGAUGAACUCCUGCAGGUCUAAUUGCUGCUGUUGGACGCACAUCUUGCUGCUGCAGUGGUGAGACCCAGUGCAGACGUCAUUAAAGGGACCAGACCACAGCCGCCCCUCAUCAUCCAGACUCAUCCUCCACCGAGCGUGUCCAACAUGACGGCCAACAGCCGCUCCAGGAGCCGUGCGCCCCGGUCAGAUGAUGGAGAGGAAAAGGACUAUGUUGGUUUUGCGACGCUGCCCAACCAGGUGCACAGGAAGUCUGUGAAAAAAGGAUUUGACUUCACCCUCAUGGUGGCAGGGGAGUCUGGUCUGGGUAAAUCCACCCUGGUGAACAGCUUGUUCCUCACUGAUCUGCAUAAAGACAGAAAACUACUCAAUGCUGAGGAGCGCAUCAGUCAGACGGUUGAGAUCACGAAGCACACAGUGGACAUCGAAGAGAAGGGGGUGAAGUUGAAACUAACUAUUGUGGACACCCCGGGUUUUGGGGACGCUGUCAACAACACAGAGUGCUGGAGGCCUGUCACGGACUACAUCAAUCUGCAGUUUGAACAGUACUUCAGGGAUGAGAGCGGACUCAACAGGAAAAACAUCCAGGACAACAGGGUGCACUGCUGCCUGUAUUUCAUUCCACCGUUCGGACACGGGCUUCGUCCAGUUGAUGUGGAGUUCAUGAAGGCCCUGCAGGACAAGGUUAAUGUUGUUCCUCUCAUCGCUAAGGCAGACUGUCUCACUCCCAGUGAGAUAAAGAAACUCAAAGAGCAGUUGAGAGAGGAGAUAGGUAAGUAUGGGAUAAAGAUCUACCAGUUCCCUGACUGCGACUCUGAUGAAGAUGAGGGGUUCAAGCAGCAAGAUAAAGAGCUGAAGGAGAGCACUCCGUUUGCAGUGAUCGGCAGCAACACUGUGGUAGAAGCCCGAGGUCAGAGGGUGAGAGGGAGGCUCUACCCCUGGGGCAUCGUGGAGGUGGAGAACCCGUCCCACUGCGACUUUGUGAAGCUCAGGACCAUGCUGAUCAGAACCCACAUGCACGACCUGAAGGACAUCACCAAUGACUGCCACUACGAAAACUACAGAGCUCAGUGCAUCCAGACCAUGACCAGUAAGAUGAAUGCAGACAAGCGGGUGGAGAGCCCCAUCCCAAUCCUGUCGCUGCCCACUCCAGAUGUGGAGACUGAGAAAAUCAUCAAAAUGAAAGAUGAAGAACUGAAGAGGAUGCAGCAGAUGCUCCAGAAGAUGCAGCAGCAGAUGCAUGAGCAGGACCUGUGACCUCUGACCUUUUAUUUAGGAGACAAACCAAGAGGGUCAAACACAGCAAUGAUUGAUACUUUCCCUAAUGCCAUCUCUUCAGAGGACGAAAUUAAGAAAUGUUUCGUUCAAUAUUUUACCUGAUAUUCAAAGCACUGGUCACAAAGAAACUGUAGAGGAAUGACAGCAUGCUGGCAGAUGUAUUUUAAUUUAAUUAAAAUGUUUUGGCAUGAUAGAACCUUACAGAAAAUAGUUUAUUAUUUAUUGCAGUCUUUAGCCAAGUGAGUUAAGUUAAGCAAUAGAGUUGAUUUUACUUUGUUACCUUUAGAUCACAGUAGAUUCCCAAGUACUUGAAAUACUUAAUGAGAUGAAUGCAGCACACCCCCAAUGCUGAUCCUCCAAAUACUGUUUAAAAUCUUUAACCAUGAAUCUGACCAAACCAAAUUGUAUUGCAAUGUACAAUCAGAACUGUAAUCAUCAAAGAUGCAAAGCUAAUGUAAAAUCAAUCCCACAUGCAAAGUACUAAUUCAAUUUUGAGAGCACUUUUGUUGAGUCUGGCUGCAUGAUAUACAGAAUUACAUCAUCAACAUUAUCAUUAAUUCUCCAUCUGCCAUAGCGGUUACAGAUAUUAUCACAUGUAUUUCAAUCAUAGACUGUAUGUAGAGAGAGACGUCUCCACUUCCUCUCACUAUCCAGAAACGAGGUGAACCUAUCUUGGAUACUGCUGCCAUGUUUUGCGCAUUUGAGCCAGAGUCUGUAAAGUAGUGAUCGUGGGAUGAAGCCCUGGUAGCGAGGAACCACCGAUUCGCUGACUUCACCGAUGUGUGGGUCUCAGCUGUCAACCAUGACGUUUCACCCGCUUUUAUAGCAUCAAAUAACUAACUGCAUCAAAUAACUACACUCCAGCACAUUCCUCUGGCAAGGCCCAACAAUCCCAAUCAAGCUGCACCAAAUUUUCACACACUAGAUGACGAAAAUGUUGAAAAAAAAACCUACCUCCCUACCUAUGGAUCCUUGCCUGACCCAUACAACAUCCUUCCACCAAGUUUAGUGUUCAGUCGUUUUUGUUUAAUCUUUCUUACAAACAAACAAUAUAACAUACAAACAAACAUACAGGGGUGAAAACACAACCUCCCGGGCGGAGAUAAUUAAAACCAAACUUACCGCAAAUACAUAAAUACAACACCUAAAUAAGAAUUGCCUAAAAUGACAUAAACCAUCUUUGUGAAAAAUGUAUCUGAUGUGUACUUUGUCCUUGUCCGAUCCACUAACAUGGAUGAGACAGGAUUUAUCACCUAUACUGCAGUACGCCACCAGGUGGUGAUCGAGACUUUGGCUUCACAUUUAGGGAGUUGUCAUGUCGUCUGUCUUCAUAUAUAUAUAUAUAUAUAUAUAUAUUCCUGGUGCAGAUACGUAUGCAGUAGAUGUAAAUUAAAAACAUUAAAGGAAAUUUGAUUGACUUUAUGUUGAUAGUAAUAAUAACUUUUGUUUAUAUAGCACUUUUCAAAGUAAAACAGGGUAAGUGAGGGUUAAAUAAUAUAACACUUGAUUUUAUAUGCUAUUGAGUAAAUGUGUGGAUUGACUUAACUGAUGAUUGAUGAUUCUGUGUUGUUUAAUAUUUUUCAAAAACCAAACUGUCCUAAAUUUAUGUAUUUGUACUAAUUUUUUUAACUGCAUUUUAAGACAGUUUUAAUUAGAAGGACUUGAGGGUUGUCUCAAAGCCACUGCAGUUAAAUGAAAGACAGCUUAAUCAGCAACAUAACCUCCUUCAUGUUUAUAGUUUAUAAUCACCUUUGUGUUAAGAAAUGCGUAAUGUUGAAUUAAUUCUGUUAAUAAACUAAAAGCUGCAUUGAAAA